AUGGAUCCUCCGGCGGCGUCCACGGCCGCAUCCCAGCCUCGUUCAUCAUCCGCCGAUACCGCCAACGACUCGAUGGACACCCCGCGACGAUGCUUCGUAUGCCUAACGGACGAGGAACCUACAGACCCUCCGGGCUCCUGGGUUGACCCAUGCCCAUGCACGCUGGAAGCGCAUCAAGACUGCAUGCUCUCGUGGGUGACGGACUGCGAGCGAUCUAAUAAGCCUCUCAAAUGCCCCGUGUGCAAGUCAGACAUCCAGAUGGACGGCCCGUGGGACCCCAUCGCACACAUACACGACGUCAUACAUCGCAAGUUUACGCGCGCAAGCCCGUUCAUUCUGCUGACGGGCGUGUCGGUGGGCGUGCAGUUCAGCUUGCAAAUGUAUGGCGCCAUGGCGUUGUGGACAUUUGCAGGCAAAGAGGCCCUGCUUCGCUUCGCUUUGGGGCCGGAGAUGCUCAUCGACGGGCGAUCUCCUGGAGCACUCAGAUUCGCCAAGGAGCGCAUAGUGAAUGCGCUGGUUCUCAUGAACGUUGCGCCGACGCUGCUUAUCAGCCAGCUAUUGCCUGGCCUUACCAACAGAUACUUUAUGCAGUCCGCAUCCAUCUAUGGAAUCUACAGCAUGAUUCGGAACGACAACUUCCUUGAGUGGCCCCCUUCUCCACGACUCGCCAUGGUGGCAUUGCCCAUUAUGCGCAAGGCCUACUUUAGCCUCUGGAGAGACUUUGUCAUGCCAUACGAAGUGAAGCUGAACCGACAGAUUUCGGGGCUGCCGCCUCUCGACCCGCGAGAGAAUGCUGACGCUGCUCAAAAUCGACAAGAUCUGGAACGCAACGGAGAGGGAGGAUUUGUCGGUCUGCUCCAAAACAUUCUUGAUGUCUUGGAUCCAGAUGAAGAGGAGCCAGCUGCCGGCGCCAAUAACGGCGGCCGCGAAGCACGUCCAGGAGGUCGUAACGAGUUCCGCCUGGAGCAACGCGAAGAAGGCGAUGAGAUUAGGGUUGAGCUUCUCAUACAGGAGAUUGAAGGGGACGGGGUUGAGAUACCGGGAGCAGACAACGACGGCGAAGAUGCUCAUCCGCAAUGGGACCAGGCUCCAGGCGACCUUGCGGACGGGCACCGUCAGGAUAACCAACGCGACGCACCUCAGGCACCACCUGCCCGAAGAAUGGGACUCGGUGGUCUCCUGUCGAGCGUUUCCAAUUCCAUAGUGGGAGCCCUUCUUUUGCCAGGCAUCUCCUUUGCCAUGGGCGAAGCUUUACGGCUGAUUCUUCCACGGUCAUGGACAACGGCCCCGUCUGCUAGAAACCACUGGCUGUUUGGUGUAUCACCCUCAGGGCGUCCCGGCUUGCUGCAGCAACAAUGGGGCCGCAGCUUGGUAGGAGGAUGUCUCUACGUCGUCCUGAACGACAUCCUCAGGGUAUACAGCAAGUCUCGCAAGGUGGCGGCUAUGCAGAAUCGGAAGGCCGCCCAACAAACCCCCAAGCAGCGCCUCGCGCUCGCCAUCUGCGACUUCCUCUCCACCUCCACCACCGACGGCACCCUCACCGCCGAGGACAAGGACUCCAUCGACGUGGCCGUCAACUGCAUCGCCGAGUCCUUCAAGGUCGACCCCGCCGACGAUGCCGCCGUGAAGAGCGCCGUCGGGCCCCAGACCCUGCUCCAGGUCUUUAGCACAUACGACGCCUCCAAUUCCUCCUCUUCCCCCUCUUCAGCCAACGCCUCAACUCCCGCAGCAGCAGCAUCCUCCGCCUCAACCUCGUCCCCCGCCGCUGCUUCAGCCUCCGUCCCCGAACCCUCCGACGCCCAGAAGAAGGAGGCCGAGUCCCUCAAGUCAAAGGGCAACGCCGCCAUGGCCCAAAAGGACUACGCCUCCGCCAUCGACCUCUACACCCAGGCCCUCGCCCUGCACCCCUCCAACGCAGUCUUCCUCUCCAACCGCGCCGCCGCCCACUCCGCCGCCCGCGACCACGAAUCUGCCCGCGUCGACGCCGAGGCCGCCGUUGCCAUCGACCCCACCUACACCAAGGCCUGGUCCCGCUUGGGCCUUGCCCGCUUCGCCCUCGGCGACCCCAAGGGCUCCAUGGAGGCCUACCAGAAGGGCAUCGAGUACGAGGGCAACGGCGGCUCCGAGCCCAUGAAGAAGGGCUUUGAGACGGCCAAGCGCCGCGUCGAGGAGGAGCAGCAGGCCCAGGACAACCUCGCCCGCUCUGGACCCGGUGCCGGUGCCGGUGCUGGCGCCGGCGGCAUGCCCGACUUCAGCAACCUCGCUUCCAUGUUCGGCGGCGGCGGCGGUGGUGGUGCCGGUGGUGCUGGCGGUAUGCCCGACCUCAGCUCCAUCAUGAGCAACCCCAUGUUCGCCAGCAUGGCCCAGAACCUGAUGAGCAACCCCGACCUCAUGAACAACCUUAUGAGCAACCCUCGACUUCGUGACAUGGCCAGCCAGUUUAGCAACGGCGGUGGCAUGCCCGAUCUCAGCUCCAUAAUGUCCGACCCCAACAUUGCCGAUCUGGCCCGAAACAUGAUGGGCGGCGGCGGUGGCGGCGGCGGUGCUCCUGGUGGUGGUGCCCCUGGUGGCGGCGCUGGCCGGUAA